CUAAACAAACUGCGGCGGGAAAUAGAGCGCUGGGUACCGCCCCCUUUUGUCGUCAUUUCCUGUAGAGAUAGCGCUUGCCUCCGUUCUUUUGUCACUUCCUGUACAGAACUAGGGCAGUUCAGUCCGUCGUCUAAGAAGAGAGCGCGCCAGGGCAGUACUCGGGCGGUGUGUACGUCGAACAGCAAACAUGAGCGAUAGCGGGGAGCAGAAUUAUGGAGACCGGGUGAGUGCGAAACGAGCAGUAAGCAUCAAUUCCUUCACUAAUGUUCAUUUAUCAGAUGGCAGCUUCCGUUACUCCGCUGUAUGGGACGUCGUGGGGGUAACAUGCAGACAUAAGUAAAGCCGUCCAAAUCCGUGAUAACAUUAUAAUCCGUGUUCCGCCGGCUUUGUACCGCCAGAUUACUAACCAUGAGUCGGGUCGUCCAAGCCGCUUUCGCUAACCGUGGUUCGAUUCUCGCCGCCAUUUUGUGCGCGGUUGUUAAAACGAUGAAGGGGUUCCCUAAAAUGGCUCCUGCUUCAGCAUUGUGCAUAUGGGAUUAGCCAGCAGGGGGGGUGCAGGCUGGUAAAUUCUCUGAUCGUCGUAAAAUAAAGUACUUUCGUCCAAGAAUUUAGCGUAUAUUGAGGUUUAGAUUGAUCACUUAUAACUUAACUCGACAAUAGAUUUAAUUGGGCUGGUAUGUAUAUCUGGAGGUAUGAAUAAUGUCGAAAUUUCUUAUCUUUACCCUGCAAGUGGGCACCUCCAUAUUCGCCCCAUUUGUAUAAACUCCCUCCUGAGUCUCCGGUUUGAGAAAGUAUAUAAAGAGGAGAAAUGAAACUGUAUGGAGUGACUGAUCAUGGUGGUUUGUUUCUACGGUGUUAUGCAUGUGCCUGCUGGCUUCUGGGGUAAUUGCCAACAACCUUUAGAACUUUAGAUAAUUUUUUUUUUUUUUUUUAGAACGCCACAUUUUAAUCUUUCGCUCUCAUCUUGUUCAAUCUUGCUGGGCAUGAACUGAAAUUAAUUGAUCUUGUUUGACAUACAUUUUAAAAAACCUGUUAGCGCCGUUGGGACGUACAAUACCGCCCCGCAUUUAAUGAGCCUAAACGCUGUUAGGGUGGCAUAGUACGCCACAACGAUCGUUAACUCCCUGGCCGCAAUUUACUUACCUGGAUCGGCGAUCCCGUCUCCUGAAGAGGCCCCUCUGCUUCCAUUUCGCCUCUCCAGGGCUAUGUGAUCGCGAUCACAUGGCCUCAAAGCAGUCUGAGACUGCCGGAGUCCCCCUAGUGCCUGAAAAUUUAAAACAAAGUUAGUAAAACACAUCCAAACCAUGUAUUGUACAUGUCAGUUAAAACACCUAAUUGACAUAUAAUACAUGCAGAAUCAAAAUCUUACUGUAUUUUUGUAUUAAUCUAUAUAAUAUGCUAAUAGGGUGUUUAAAUUAACUUAUGAUAUAUUAUAGGUAAUAAGUGUCUUGAGAUAGAUAUAUAGAUAUAUAUCUAUAUAUAUCUCUAUAUAUAUAUAUAUAUAUAUAUAUCUAUAUAUAUAUCUAUCUAUAUAUCUCUAAAUACACUUAGAAUUGUGUGUGUUCAGAAAGUCCAUUGAAUUUAAUUUAGAAGCCCUAUACAUAACCCUGUAACUUUCCAUAAAACUUGUACAUGUUGGAUCCUCAUGAGACUUCGCUGAACACAAAUUAGUGUUUUAAAACACUAUAAAAUUUGUAAUGAUUUCAUCAGUGAAAGUGCAGUUUUAAGGUGAAAAAUGCAACAACAAAAAAUAUGAAAACGAACUUUGGCUAGCGUUUGUGACUAACUACAAAAGACCGGACUUACUCAAUUCUGAAUACCCUGGGUUGCCUACUUUUGAAUGGUAUCAUAGGCCACCUAACCAGUCUGGUAAACUUCCAAAACCCCAUAGAACCCGGACGUGGGGCUACUGUUUUUCACUCGUGUGACAUCGCUGGAAAAAAGUGUUUAGAGCAGUAAAGCUUAACGGCCGUCACCAUUAUAAUGGGCUUUUGCUGUUACUGUUUUACUUGUGAGACAUUGCUGAAUACAAAUAUGUGAAUAGUUCAUGAGAAACUAAAGCCCUGUUUCUCCUGAACAAAAUAAUAUAGAUAUAUAUUACGUGUGGGUGCACUUAAUAUGAAAAAGGUGAAUUACGGUUGAACAGACAUAACGCAAAUUCCAGGUUUUGUUUACAUUUUGUUUUGGUCAGAAUGUGUAUUAUUGACUCUGUCCUGGAGGGGUUAAAAUGACAAUGCUAUCAGUGAAAGGACAUUUAAAAAAACAAAUACACACCUUUUUUUGUGUGGGGGGGGGGAGAGGGGGUAAAUGAAGACUAUAGGACAGGGACUCCCUCUCCCCACCCCCACAUGGGAAAGGUAUUUUUACUUACCAUUUUUCUUACGCCAUGCUGGUGACUUUGCGGCUGGCCACACCUCCAUGGCUGAGAUCAUCAAUCUUGACUAUCUCAGCCAAUCCAAUGCUUCCCCGUAAGAAAGCAUUGGGAAACUAUUGCGCUUGCAUGGCAUAAUGCCACUGUGCCAAUCUAACUUCUCAGAGAUUCAUUGAACCAAUGCAUCCUUAUAGGGAACAUUAAUGUAGAUACUGCACAGUGUAGUGCACUGACCCAGCAAGCACCUCUAGAGGCCGUCUCAGUGACUGUCGCUAAAGGGGUCACCAGGUAGCAAUCUAAACACUGUCUUUUGUCUGAAAAAUCAGUGUUCACAUUGAAAAGCAUUCAGGAACAGGAUAUAGACUACAUUAAGCUGUAUUGGUUCUGGUGACUAGAGUGUCCCUUCAAGAAUUGUAGUUGUGGCAUUGAUUUCUCUGGCUCCUAACUUUCUUUUUUUUUUCUAGCUGGCUUCUAGAUUCUAAUCAAAUUUGUCAAGCCAUGGUUUAGUGUACACAAUCAGAAAAAUAAUGUGUUAAGGUAGUUUUAACACUUCAAUCAUGCAUACCUCUGCUGAAUGGUAGUUGCAUGCACGUUAUAAUGUACAGCUUCCUUUAUGUCUAAUGUUGCAUGAACCAGUGUUAUCGGCAUACACUAGCAGAGGGCCCAUGGAAACUAACAAGCCUAUACAAGUUGGCAACUCUGAAUUAAUUCAGUGUCACAUAUGCCAAUCCCAUUAUCAUGCACAAUAAUAUUUUUUUUAUGGGACACCUUCAACACCCACUUAAAAAUUAUGCAAACAGGUCUGAGAAAUGAAUGUUUAAAGAAAUUGAUUUUUUUUUUUACAAAUUUUUUGUUUUUAAAUAUCAACUGCUAAUCUAGCUCGUGGCAGUAUUCUCUCCAUUGCUACUUCUCUUCUGAGCUAAUCCAUCCUGAUCAGCUAUGGAAUAAUUCACUGAUUCUCAUAGCAAAGCAUUGGCAACAUACUGGGAAAGCACUUUAAAUGUCACGCUUAGGCUUUUGUAUGCUUCUUAUGUAAUUCAAUACUUUUCUGUGAGAAGCUUUUACAGGAUUUGGAUUUGCCGUACAUAAAUACUUAAUUUAUCUUUUCUUUUCCUAUAGAGAAACUGACAAACCUGGUUUUUGGGAACCACUGGUUUGCUAUAUUUAAAACAAAACUUUGGUUUUUCUGAAACCCUGUGUUUAGGGUUUUUUGGUUUUUUUUUCGAGGAAUUUUCUUUUCUUUUUUUAUGUACAGUCAUGCUGAGGUGCAUUGUCAGUAAUGUUGUUGUAAAGCAAUCUGUAUUGGCUACUUUAAUUCCUGGCAUUUUAUCAAAUGCAUUAGGUGUAUGAUAAUGCACCUGGGUGGGAUUUACAUUUUAAGUGGGAAGGAAGUUGAAAGCAGGUAGAACCAAGAGUUAGUGUCUAUUGAGUGGAGAACACAUAUGGUUAGGCCUAAGGUAGUUGAACUGUCGCUGUGGAAAUUCUUAAGUGUUUCUGACUGAUUUUGUGCAGUAGAGCAUAUGUGUUGUGAUCUAGUAAGGUUUGUGUUUCUAAAUAGCUGCAUAUGUUUAGGACAAUUCUUGUUUAUUUGAAUUUCUGUAUGUAUUGUUGUGUUAAACACUUUCUGCAUUGUAAUUUAAUUAUUUGCAACUACCACAGCAACUCUGGUUUCUCUUUUGGUAUGUUGUAUUUCUUAAUUAUGUGUUCUUUAAAGGAACACACCCAUAUAACAUGCAGAUAGGAGAUUCAGUUUGAUACAAUUUAUACAUUGUGCGAGUGAUCAUCUGAAUAUGUAUGCUUUUGAUAGCACUCUGAUGAGCACAAUCUAUGGAUACAAUUAGGAGCCUAUCAAAUUACACACUGCCAUAUUUGUCCUGGCAGAGUAUGCGUGGUGAUGUAUUGAAUGGUUACACUUACUCUCCUCUUGAAUGCUUUCAUACUAUAUUGGAAGUUAGUUGUCAUUGUGCAUGGGGUUCUGAAAUGAUUUUUCUUUUCAGAUCUGUGGCAUGUGAUUUGUGCUAAAUGAAAAAGACAAGUGGCUGUUAAGGGAGAUCAAAUUCCCUCGUAGUGGAUACAGAGUUUUUAAUGGUGUGAACAUUUGCCGCCUUACACUAUUUCAGUCAUGACUUUCAGUUGAUUUUUUUCUGGUUCACUUAUAUGAUCUCCUCCAUUCAAUGGAUAUAUUUUCAAAUAAUUCGUGGCAGGCCUUGUUUGGAAUAUUUUAAUAUAUAUAUAUAUUUUUUUUUUUUAAUGAUUAAACUCAAGAUGUUAAGACAUCCUGGUGGAGCAUGUUAUGUAAUUAGGUUUGUCUAGUGCAUUCAUUGUAUUGUUGUGGACUUUUUAUUUUUUUAUUAAAUUGACUCAUGGAAAGGUUCCAAGCAUUCAGUUUUUUUAGUUUCAGCUUUGUCACUAGAUUUGAUCCUGAAGAUUUUAAAAUUCAUCCUGUUCUUUUUCUGUUAAGGUUAAAAUUGAAGAAGGAAAAUACAGAAGUCUUCAUUUGACAAGUUUUAUAAAUGAGAAUUUUUUGAAGCUCAGGAAUAAGUGAAGCUGAAAUUUGAAAAAAAGAGAAUGCAUGCUAUUUAUAAGAACUGAAGUCCUGAUGUAGGAUAUUAAGAAAUGUGUGAGAGAAGGGGAAGAUUGAAAAGAAGUCAGAAUUUGAAAAUGAAGAAUGAAGAAAAGAAAUUAAAAUGAAGUUAAAAUAAGAAGUAAUCUGGAAUCAGAAAGCACUACGCUAAGUAAUUACUAGUCUGUUUCUGUGUCCCUGUAUAUUUUCUUAAAUAUCUGCAUGCAUGAUAUGUAUAAGAGUGCAUACAGGGGUAAAGUGAAUACUAGGGAAAUAACUUAAAUUAGGCUUGCUUGCUUUAGUUUAAAAAAAAAAAAAGUUUUCUGCUCUUAUCCAAUGACUAAGUCAAUUGAAACGUAAAUAUGAACAGUGGACAGGAUUCAAAUGUAAUCCAUAGAGUGAAGGGUUUUUAUUAAAGUGUUGUUUUGUGUCCAGGAGUCUCGAUCCGCUUCAAGAAGCGGUAGUGCUCGUCGCUCUGGCAAGUCUGCAAGCCAGUCUCCCAAUCAUUCUGCUGCACGCUCGCGUUCAAAAGAAGGAUCCAGACAUUCCAGAUCAAAGUCCAGAUCAAGAUCUGAAUCAAGGUACUGUAAAUAUAUUAAAAAUGUGUUGUUUUUUUUUAAAGCAAAUCAUUAGAUUUAAAAAAUAAAAUAAAAAAAAUCCUUCAACCAUUUUUUGUUUUUUCUUCAGAUCCAGAUCAAGAAGAAGUUCUCGUCGACACUACACAAGGUCACGCACCCGUUCAAGAUCACAUAGAAGGUCCAGAAGCAGAUCAUACAGCAGAGAUUAUAGGAGGCGACACAGCCAUAGUCACUCUCCUAUGUCAAAUCGUCGCCGUCAUAUUGGCAACAGGGUAGGAUGAAUAAACAGCCUAGUUACAAGUUAUGCAUUUCAUUUGUUCCUCUGCGCAUGGUGGAUGGGUGAUUUCUGACCCUAUAGUGUUAAAACCACCACCUUGCCUCCCUGGGCCACUCAUGCCUCCAUAAAUAUAGCAAAAUCUUACUGUAUUCAAGUCUGAAGCUAUAACUCUGCAUGCUGUUUGAAAAACAAGUAGUCUGCUGACCUCAUCAGAAGUGGUAGAUUGAUCCAAUCACAGUGCUUCCCCAUAGGAUUGGCUGAGACUGACAGAGGCAGAGCCAGCAUGAUUCAAACACAGUCCUGGCCAAUCAACAUCUCCUCACAGAGAUUAAUUGAAUCAAUUAACCUCUAUGAGGAAAGUUCAGUGUCUGCAUGCAAAGGGAGGAGGUACUGAAUGUUUGGAUGCAUUUUAGGCAGCCAUGACCAUGGAAGGAUCUCAAACAGUCAUCUGAGGCUGUAAUGUAAACACUUCAUUUAUAUAUUUGAUCCAGCUGAAGACCAAAAAAAUAAUUCUAGCCAUUUCCAAUUAUGCCAAAAAAGGAUGGGAUAUUUCUUGACCCCAUAGUGGCAAUCAGAUUGGAUCAGCAUUUUAAAAAUUAAUCCAUAUAAUCAAAUACAAACUCUUUACUUUAGGCACAGAAUUAUUUUAUUGCUUUAGAUGUAAAGAACACUUUCCUCUGCUGGAAGCGAAAAUGCUUUAGUUAAUCUUAAAUGAUAAAUAUUAUGGUCACUAUUUUCAAAAUUGCUCCCAAACUUAAAAGUUAACAUUUAGUUCUGACAAGCAUAUCUACUAGUUGGCUCUUCUACUAAGAUGUGAAAAUAUUGUUUAUCCAGUUCAAAAACCAGUUUCAAUUAACUGUAGUACUAGCCCCCUGGCCCAAUUCUUACCUGGGAAAUGGAGAAAAAAAAUAUGCCAUGAUUGGCAAAUUACUCAGUUGUGAAGCCUUAUUAGUUUGAGAUUGAAGUUGCUGUUCCCUAUUAGUAUUGAUGUUUGCGGGCUUGUACUAUUAUUAAUGGAUAUCCACUGUUUCCUGUUCAAAUAUCUACCCAUACGAUUUACACAUACUCGCCUGUAUCAUCACAUAACAUUUCUUUAACACUAGGUCUCAAAUCUGUUUUUAAUAUAAAAAAAUUCUAUCCAUAUUAAGUCUGUGUAAAUUAUUAGCCCAAUCAAUUGUUUCACGCCAAGUCCCAGUAAUCCCAUUUAUAUCAUACUAUUCCUUGUAUGCAAACAUCUCCUCCUGCUCCAUUUUCCUUCACAAAUUUCUUGCAUUAGCGAGCAAACAGAUGUUAAAGUUGCCAUUUGUUUCUUGAACUUUCUUUGAACAUGUAAAAGUAGUAAUGCUGUAUUUUAAUGUGGCUUAUCUUUUAGGCAAAUCCUGAUCCCAACUGCUGCCUGGGUGUGUUUGGACUAAGUCUUUAUACCACAGAGAGAGAUUUAAGAGAAGUAUUUUCAAAAUAUGGUCCUAUUGCUGAUGUUUCCAUAGUAUACGAUCAACAGUCCCGGCGUUCAAGAGGAUUUUCGUUUGUAUACUUUGAAAAUGUUGAAGAUGCAAAGGAGGUGAGAUUUCUUCUUUGUCUUAAUGUGAUCAUUACGGUGCAGUCUGUAUUUUACUUUAUAAAAAAUGUUGCAGGUGCUGUGUAAAAUGAAUAAUCUUGACACCGUAUCACUUGCGUAUUUUGAAUGGAAGUUCCUUUAUUAAGGAAAACUGUUCUUAUAACGGAUAUGGUGCCCAGUGUAAUCUGUCAAAUCAUUUUAGAAGUUACGUGUGUCCCUCAGGUGUCUGUGCUGCAGUCCGUAUUCUCCUGUAGGAGAUGUCUGGUGUCUCCAGCACAGCCGAUGCAGGGCCAAGUUCAUUGGCUGAGUGCAUGCAGCUUAUGCUCUCUGCAUCCCUGCAUGACACUGUUUUAGGUCAGUAGAGCCAACUGGAUUAUUCUACCGUGUUUUGUCUGGCAGGAUGCAGGUAAGUUGUCCACUUGUUGUAAUUCAAUUUGACAAAUUACACUGCGAGGGUGCAAGGACACUCCUGGCACCAUAACAACCGGUUGUAGUGUUUCUUUAAUUGCACACUGAAGUUAAAAAUAUUAAUUGUCCCCUUUUAAAAAAAAUUUGUUUUCCUGGGUACAGCACUGGCUCUGCGUUGGUAGGAGACCUAAUGUGCAUGCGCGACAAUGGCUGCGAUAGCAUUAGGAUUUCCACAUAGGAAAGAAUUGUAUGGUUAUGGUGGAAGUCCUCAUGCAUAGCAUGAGGAUGUCAGCGUCAUUUAGGUGACAUGUUAAUGGUGAUGAGACAUUGCACCUAGACCACUUCAAUGAGCUGAAGUGUUCUGGAUGCCUACAGUGUCCUUUAAAAGAGCACUAUAGUGCCAGUUAAAACUCCUUCAACCACUUGCCUGAACAGCUCUUGGCUCCCUCGGCGCUGGUGACCUCUCAUGCUGAUGUCGGCUCCGAAUGCGCUUGUACGGCCACAGCCAUGUGCCCAUUCAAAUUGCUCAUUGCUUUCCUAUAUACAUUCUCUUCAUCUGUGUGAUUUUAUUUAUUUUUUUUGGUCACGUAGACUGCCACUAGAGGCUGGAUCAACACUCAAUGAAAACAUAGCAGUUUCUCUUUCAGCUGCAGGGUUAAAACUAGGGGGCCCUGGCACCCAGACCACUUCUUGGAGCUGAAGUGGUCUGGGUGCCUAUAGUGAUCCUUCAACUACAUCAUAGCUACACUUAAAAUUUAGAUCUGUAGAUAAAAUGUUUUUCUGUACUCUGUUUGGAGUGUACAUGUGUUAGCAUGGACUGUGCCAAUGCCUAUAUUUAAACUCCAGGUUUUUGACUUUUAGUUUAUAAAUGGUUACAAAUGUCAUAUGUAUUAGUGGAGGGUAAGCACAUAAAUUGUAUUAGUUUUGUGGGGGGUUUUUUUGUUUUGUGUUUUUUUUUGUUUGUUUUUUUUUUUUUACAUUUUGUGUAUGACAUCUGAGUUUACAUGUCAUGUGCACUGACCUCUAAAUUCCAGUUUCCAAUCCAGUGCUAGAAAUGAGAAUCUUUAAAUAUGCAGUUAUAUUUAUUCAGAAAUAUUAACAUUGUCUUCAUAAUUAUUAUAAAUAUUUUUUUUAAAUGCAACAGUGAAAGGACAAUUUCUAUGUCCCUAGAAUACAACUAUAUUUAGUGAUGUCCUAUUACUUUUUUUUUUUAAAGGUACAUACAAAGUAUUUACCAAUAAUUCUUUUUAUUUUUUAAAGGCUAAAGAGCGUGCUAAUGGAAUGGAACUGGAUGGAAGGCGAAUCCGCGUUGACUUCUCUAUAACAAAAAGGCCUCAUACACCUACACCAGGAAUAUACAUGGGACGUCCAACGUAGUAAGUUAUUCAAGCUCACCGUAUAAUGCACAAAUUUUGGUUGCAUCUUAAAAAGUUAACUCUCACCUUUGUGUAUGAUCUCAUGCUUUUUAUAUAUAAAUAUAUUUUACCUCUAGUGGAAGUUCACGUCGCAGAGAUUACUAUGAUAGGGGAUAUGAGCGAGGUGGAUAUGAUGACCGUGAAUACUACAGCAGGUCUUCCUACAGGUAAAUAUUAUGUUUACUUAAAAAAACUAGGACAAUCUUCUAAUAAUUGUUUUAUUUACAAAUUGUUGCAUCCAUUAAAAUUUCCAGGUUAUUGGUAAGAUUGUCGCACUAGUAAUAUUUGAAGUGCAUUUCAGUUUUCACUUGAAAAGCCAAUUGCCUAAUUCAACUCAUGUGACUGUAACAAAUGCACCUCAAAAGUGUUUUUGUGUGUAAAACAAGACAAAUACUGUAGAAUGAGUAUUUUACAAACUAAUCUAAAUAUAUCUCUGCCCUGUUAGGAAGUGCUUGUGAUAUUCAUGGUCUUUCCUACUGGUACAAAAAUGUAAUUACAUUUUUUUUUUUUUUCCCCAGAGGGGGCGGAGGUAGUGGAUGGCGUGGUGGGCAAGAUCGUGACCAGUUUUCUAGGUAACCACGAAAAGUAUUUUUAGUGAGAUGAAUUAUUUUGCUUGUGUAUAAUCAAAUUGAAUGUCUAGUUUUGUGGGGGGGUUUUUAACAUUGGUUGCCAGAUCAGCGAUCCUUUCCUGAAUGUGCAUUGCUUAUGUGUGAUGUUGGCACUGGCAUGUAGUAUGCAGAACAUUUAUGGUGCAUGAUGAAAUUUAUUAACUAAGGAAGAAUCCUAACGGAACUUCAAGAAAUAUUUUACUUCCUGUAUCUUGUGAAUGUUGCAUACUUUGGAGCAAUGGUUUUUAAUGUGUUGCCUUGGAGCAUGAAUAGGUGAUGGGUAUCCAGCAGAGCAGAUCAAGCAACUGUAGCCCACUCAAAACUACUUGGCCUUAAUGGGUCCUCCAAUUCUAUCCCUACACAAGCAAAUGAAUGCGCGUUAUUAGUAGUAUUACUUCCAAUAUCACUAAAAUUAAAUGGAAAACAACAAUUUAAACUAAUUUAUAGAAAAAAAAUUUGAUUUCACCUGUUUAAUUUUUUUUUAUUUUUUUUUAUCCCGUUACUUACAGGAGGAGAUCUCCCUCACCAUACUAUAGCAGAGGUGGAUACAGGUCUCGCUCUAGGUCUCGUUCAUACUCUCCUCGUAAGUAACUGUGUCUUAACUCUGCUGUCCACUCCCUUUUAAAAUGUUUAGUAGACUCAGUGUAGGUAUAAAUGUAAAAUGUGUGCAGCAAUAACUUAAAGCAGACCUAUAUCUGUUUUUUAUAAAAAAAUUUUAACUCUCAAACAAACUCCUACAACCAAAUAGGGACUACACUAGUGUGUGUACUGAUUUAAUUUUGUUUGGCUUUGUCCAUUGCAUUGGGAAUAAAGUAUAGCCAAUUCAUGUGACUGACCUGUACUGCGUUCGAAUGGUUGCCUCCACCAUUUCAGGACUGUGCUUAUGCUUUUUUUUUUUUGUAGAUAAAAUGCAUUCAUCAAAUAAAAACUUUUUUUUUUUUGUCUGCAGGUCGCUACUAAAACCUUUAAAAUGAAUUUCCAACAAGGAGACAGUUUAUUAAUAUUUAAAGAUCUGUCGGCAUUAAAGUGAUGUAGAAGACUUAAACACCAUUUUGCUAAAUUUUGAUAGAUUGUAAAAAGCUGUCUAUUGCUUCUGUAUAGACAUUUUUGUGACUCAAUGUUUGCAGAUGUUUUGCAUGUGUUUUAUAACCUGUGACUGCUAUGAAGUUUAUAUAGUUAAGAGCUUUGAUGUUUUCUAUUGGAUGUUAUGAUUUACCUGCAGUCUUUGGAAUCAGCAAGUUGAAAUAAAUCAAACCUGGAUUUUUACUUAUAUUUGAAUGCAUUUAUUCUUGUCUGAAAAGUUGCAACAUUGUGUAAUCUAAUUUUGAGUACAUUAUGUUUAUGUAUAGAUUGAGUUAUAUACCAGUUCAAACAGAGCAAUGAUACUUUGUACAUAAUGUGUCACUAGCAGCAUGUUACAGGAACCAUGUCUGUCUGUACAAGUAUUGAACCAUGACACUUUCAUGGUGACACCAACCAGCUGUGUUUAAUAAUUGAGAUGACUCUAAACAGAAUACACUUUUCAAAAAAUGAAGAAAACACAUUGUCCCAGAUCUUAAUUUUAAUACUUUAGAUGGUAUUGAUGUAAUUUUAGUCACAGAAAUAAGUAAAUACUGAAUUGUUAAAAUGUAUGGUGCCGAGCUUAUUUUAUGUUGGCUUGCCUCGCCUCCUGAUUAGGGUUUAAAAUUGCCCUUCACCAUCAUGAGUGUGACCGAUCCUCCAGGAUUGCUGUGGUGAGGACAACUCCUGAUAUUGUCUUAUUCUGAAUGAUGGCUGAUGGUGGAGAUGUUUUGCCUUAAAUCACAAGGAAUCUGUACAUUUGAAUUGCUAUUAGGCGACUUUGGUGGCUGCAUGCAAUCAAUUCUGGGUAGUGGCAGGCUCACUCUUCAAUAGGUUGUGCCUGCAUUUGUAUUUGAAGCUCAUAAUAUCCCACAGUGUUCCCUUUCAUUACUGAAAUAUGCUGUCAGUUAAAAAUAUAUGUAAUUUUUCUUUUUCUGCAAAUGCCUUAAGGAUUACUCCAACCACUUUCACUACUUUUUCCUUUUAGCAGUGG